UUAUUGAUUAAAAUUUUGUAAAUAAAAUGAUCUGUGUGACAAAUGUUUUAUAAUGAUCUGUUUGACAAAUGUUUUACACAUUAAAGAUUUUAUUCAAUGUAGUAACUUAUUAAUGGCAUCGAGUACAUCCUCCCAAGUUCAUCCGGCUCCACUGGCUCCUUCUUCGCAAGCAUGUCAGCAAACAUUAACAGAUACAGAUCCGUUAGUAAAAUAUCAAGGACUUUUACCACUUUUAAGAGAGUCUGUAAUGAAUUUAAUUCGACAUACUGUUUAUGUUUUACAAAAUACUGCAAUUGGACAAUGCAGACAAACUGAUGUUCAAAUGUUGAAUAAAUGCAUGGAGGAUUUUUAUAAUAUUAGCGACCAAGUACAUCAAUGGCUUAUUUUAUUUGGUUCCAGGUUCUAGCAGACUCCACAGUUAUACAAUAUCAAACAGGAACUCGUUUUUCUCCAGAUGUUUUUCCUCUGUUUAAUACUGACAGACAACAACCGCAGCAAGCAGUUUCGUCUCAGAAUGGUGUCCUAUUUUAUUCACAAUAUUUAGCAAAUGCUAAAAAACAAGUUGUUGCUACAGAUCAGCUUCGAAAUAUGUUAAGCGAGUUUGCUGAUAGUCUUGUCUAGACUUUCCUAGAUAUGAACAAAGUAGAAUGUGUUCUUGAAUCGAAUAUUUUGCUAGAUAUGAACCAAGUAGAACGUGUUCUUUAACUGAAUAUUUUGCUAGAUAUGAACGUGUUCUUGAACUGAAUAUUUUGCUAGAUAUGAACGUGUUCUUGAACUGAAUAUUUUGCUAGAUAUGAACGUGUUCUUGAACUGAAUAUUUUGCUAGAUAUGAGCAAAGUAGAACAUGUUCUUGAAUUAAAUAUUUUGCUAGAUGUGAACCAAUUAAAGUGUGUUCUUAAAUUGAAUAUUUUGCUAGAUAUGAACAAAGUGUUUUA